GACAGCGCUCCACCAUGAUGCUGCAGCUCGUGCUCCUCGCCGCGCUCGCCCUGUGCGGGCGCUGCUCCGAGCUGGAUCUCGAUGGCAUGCAGCGGGUGGUCGGCGGCACCGAGGCGCGCUCGCACUCCUGGCCCUCCCAGAUCUCCCUGCAGUAUUACUCCGGGGGCGGCUGGCACCACACCUGCGGGGGCUCCCUCAUCCACAGGAACUGGGUGAUGACCGCUGCCCACUGCGUCAACAAUAACAUGCAGUACCGCGUGGUGGCCGGCGAGCACAACCUCUACAGCAACGACGGCACCGAGCAGGUCUUCAGCGUCAGCAGGAUCAUCGUCCACCCCUACUACAACACCAACAACGUGGCCGCAGGCUACGACAUCGCCCUGUUCCGCCUGAGCAGCUCGGCCACCCUGAACAGCGCCGUGCAGCUGGCCGUGCUGCCCCAGGAGGGCACCAUCCUGCCCAACAACUACCCCUGCUACAUCACGGGCUGGGGCCUGACCCGCACCAACGGGCAGCUGUCCAGCGUCCUGCUCCAGGCCCCGCUGCCCGUCGUGGAUUACCAGAUCUGCUCCAGCGCGUCCUACUGGGGCUCCACCGUCAAGAACACCAUGGUGUGCGCCGGCGGCGACGGCGUGCGCUCCGGCUGCCAGGGCGAUUCCGGCGGUCCCCUGCACUGCGCCGUCAACGGGCAGUACCAGGUGCACGGCGUCACCAGCUUCGUCUCCAGCCAGGGCUGCAACGUCGCCCGCAAACCCACCGUCUUCACCCGCGUCUCCGCCUACAUCUCCUGGAUCAACAGCGUCAUCGCCCAGAACUGAGCCCAGCGGGACAAGCGCUCGCUGCCCCGAGCCCAUGGACAUCCCCUCCCUGCCCCGCGCCGCGCUCCGGCCUCCUCGCCCCCGAGCCGGCCUCAAUAAAAUCUCUCCUCCCUGAA